GUUGCCUUCUCUUCCCUCUGCUCAUAAAGAACCAAAAACCCCUAAACGCUAACCAAAACCUAGAGAACGAACUUGAAAGAGUGAGAGAAGAAACCCUAAAGAGUGCUAAAAAAACCUGAAAUCUUACAGAAAACUUCUCUCCGUCGACGUUGAAACAUGGUCGUCCCUCUCAGCGCUGUCCCUCCAUCUCGCAAUGGGUUUUAUGCGAUUAACAACCAGUUUCUAGCAAAUGGACCAAAAGGGUUUCAGGAGUUCAAGAUGCUCGAGAACCAGGACAUGUACAUUAGGAUAGACCUUCCCGGCGUUCCUGAAGACGGCGUGAGGGUUACUGUUGAUCCGACAAAGAAAGCUGUGUCUGUCCUCGCCGACGCACCAAAGGAGCACAAAUACGACUCCUCUCCUCGUAACUACGGCCUCUGUACAGGUCUCACCUGCAAAUGCUGCGAGAUCUCCGGCGUCCACGCCCACAUGUCCGACGGUGUUGUCAGGCUUCUCCUCUCCAAGACCCUCAGCAAAACACCAAGCCCUUCGUGCAUCUCGUUUCUUGGUGGCCCAGAUUCCAAAAAAGAUCGCUGUUGCACGGGUACUCACCAAUUUCCUCACGGCACGGAUCCCCAUGACCCGGCGUUAACGGGUCGGGUAUUGCAGCCACACCCAUGCGUGAACCUAGGAUCGCAGAUGGCUUAUGAGUCGAAGCAGCUUCAAAACGGCAGCCUAUACGUGCGUGUUGACAUGCCUGGCGUUCCCAAGGAGAGGUUCACUGUCUCCGUCAAGGGUGGGAUAGUGAUGGUGACUGGUGACGCUCCUGCCGUUAGCCACGACUCUGGUGGUCGGUUCUACUCUGGUGACGUGGCCAUGCUCUCCACUCCGAUCGACAUUCCCAACCGUCGGAUCAAAAUGGUCGCCAAGAACGGUGUGCUCCGUUUGAUCAUCCCUCCGGUUUGAUUUGAUGAUGUUAUGUCAUGAAAGUGUAAGAAACAGAGUAUGUGAAUUGGGCUUACAAAGAGACGAAGGCCCAAGACAGAAAGAAGAUAUUAUCAGCCCACGAAAGAAAGAAGCUACAGUGGCACGUGAUACUUGUACGAAAAGCAGAAGAAACAAUUGCAGAGAAGAAGUAGAUGGAGCUAAAAGACAAAGUCGGAGCAUGUCGAACUUGAGCUCCA